AAUGAUAAUGAUGAUGAUGAAAAAGAUUUAACAUCAUUAAAUUGGUUACAUAAUAUAACAAAUAUAAUGGUUAUACCAUCAUUAUCAACAAUACCAACAUCACCAUUAUCACCAACAUUAUCACUAACAACAACAACAACUGAUAAUACAAAUAAUAAUAAUAAUAAUAUAAAUCAAUUAUUAAAUGAUAAAUAUAAAAAUAAUAAAAAAAUCAAUCAAACAAUAAUAAAAUGUAAAGAAGAUUUAUUAUUAAUUGAUAUUAAAAAAUAUAAAACACAAAAAGAAUUAAUCAAUGUAAAACCACCAUUUUCAUAUGCAACAUUAAUAUGUAUGGCCAUGUUGAAGAAUCAAAAUAAAAUGACGCUAUCGAACAUCUAUCAAUGGAUACAAACCAAUUUUUUAUAUUAUCAACAUGCUGAUCCUAGUUGGCAAAAUUCAAUACGUCAUAAUUUAUCAUUAAAUAAAUGUUUUAUAAAAGUAGCACGAUCUAAAAAUGAACCUGGCAAAGGUGGAUUCUGGAAAUUAGAUUUACAACGUUUACAAGAAUCUAAAAAAUCAAGACGUUCAUCAUCAUCACGUUCUAAUUUAACAACUACUACAAAUAUUACACAUGAUGCAGUUACACAUUUAUUAUUAAAUUCAAAUAAAUAUUGUUGUUGGGAUAAUAUUGAUGAUGUUGUUGAUAAUGUUCAUGUUAAUAAUGUUCAUGUUAAUAAUGAUCAUGAUAAUGAUGAUAAUUGUACACAAUUAGAUAUGUUAGAUUCAUUAUUAAAUUCAUUAUAA